AUGACUUUAAGUGAAUUAGAAGAAGCAGCUCGAAAACGUAAAGAACGUCUUGCACAAUGGAAACUUAAGAAACAAAAUCAAACAACUAAAAGAAAAGAAUAUGAAGAUGAUGAAAAUGAAAAUGAAAAUGAAAAUGAAAAUGAAUCAGAUAAUAAAAAUAAUAAAGAUAAAGAUUUAGAAGAAGAAAUUAUUGAAUUUCCAAAACCAAUAUUUCGUAAUUAUAAACCAAAUGAUUCAGCAAAUGUAUCAGGCGCUAUUGUUUUACCUAAACCAAAAUUAAUUGAUGUUAAAUUAAUGAUUGAAGAUCAAGUUAAAAAUCGAUCAAAUGAAAAUGAUAAUUCUGUUAUUGGAGUAACAGAAGAUGUUGAUUUAUUAUCAUUAGCACCACGAAAACCUGAUUGGGAUUUAAAACGUGAUGUAGAAAAAAAAUUAAAACGUUUAGAAAAACGAACAACACGAGCUAUUGCAGAAUUAACACGUCAACGUUUACUUGAAGAACAAAAACAAUCUCAAACAUGUUUAGCUGAAGUUGUUGCUACAACUUCCAAAUUAAAUGAAGCAACACAAGAUGAUGAUGAUUAA